GCCCCGUGUCGGCGCGCGGGGUGCCGAGGACCGGAGCGGGCGUUCUUGGGAACCGCCCCCCCUCGCCUCCGACACCGCCCUCCUUUCCCCCCGCUCCCCCAGUCUCUCGGUCUCGGGCCUCGCUCGGGGCUUAGGCGAGAGUGCUGCGGGCGGAGGACAGUGCCUGCUCCCGGGCAGCCCGGCGGGGAGCGCGCAGGACUCGGCGUCCGCCCUUCCGCUCGGCCGCCCGCCGUCUUCGCUCGGCCGGUGGGAGCAGCGUCGGUCCGGGAGGUUCUCUUGGGCUGAGGCGGCGGCGGCGGCUCCUCCGGCUCCAUCAUGUCGGCGGGCGGAGACUUCGGGAAUCCGCUGAGGAAAUUCAAGCUGGUGUUCCUGGGGGAGCAGAGCGUUGGAAAGACAUCUUUGAUCACCAGAUUCAUGUAUGACAGUUUUGACAACACCUAUCAGGCAACAAUUGGCAUUGACUUUUUAUCAAAAACAAUGUACUUGGAGGAUCGAACUAUCAGGCUGCAGCUGUGGGAUACUGCGGGUCAGGAACGUUUCCGUAGCCUCAUUCCCAGUUACAUCCGUGACUCUGCUGCAGCCGUAGUAGUUUACGAUAUCACAAAUGUUAACUCAUUCCAGCAAACUACGAAAUGGAUUGAUGAUGUCAGAACAGAAAGAGGAAGUGAUGUUAUCAUCAUGUUAGUAGGAAAUAAAACAGAUCUUGCUGACAAGAGGCAAGUGUCAAUUGAAGAAGGAGAGAGGAAAGCCAAAGAGCUGAACGUUAUGUUUAUUGAGACCAGUGCAAAAGCAGGGUACAAUGUAAAGCAGCUCUUCCGACGUGUAGCAGCGGCUUUACCAGGGAUGGAAAGCACACAGGACCGAAGCAGAGAAGACAUGAUUGAUAUAAAACUGGAAAAGCCUCAGGAGCAACCAGUUAGUGAGGGAGGCUGUUCCUGCUAAUCUCCCAAGGCGUCUUCAACCCUGCAGAAACUCACUGCUUUGGCCCCAUACUCUUUCAUUGACUGCAGUGUGAAUAUUGGCUUGAAUCUUUCCCCUUCAGUAAUAACGUAUUGCAAGUCAUCAUUGCUGCCUGUCUCGUGGAGAUGACCUAUUAGCUUCACAAGCACAAAAAAAGUCAGUGUCUUCAUUAUUUAUAUUUUAAAAAAAAGCCAAAAGAUUCCAGCAUACUCCAGUGAUAACUUUGAAGAUUAGAUACAUUUUCUUAAUAUUUUUUCCUUUUUUAAUGUUAUGAUAAUGUACUUUAAAAUUAUGAAAAUCUCAGCAGUGUGAGUGUGGCUUGCUUAAGGAGCAAUCUGUUCACAGCAGCAUUUGCCUACCUUCUUGAUCUCAUGUAGCUUUCCUCGCCUGUUCAACGUCCCUUUUCCUGUUCAUCCCUUCUGUAAAACAAAUAAGAGGUGGCAAGCAGCAGUACAACCAAGCCCAUUGGAGUUACCCUUAGGUUUUACAGUUACCAUUUACUCGAGGCCAUGAGCCAGGAUUCCAAAAUUAUCCUUGAGCACUGAUGUAAAUUGCUUAGACCUUCUUUGAGGCUAAAACUCAGCUAUCAUGGUGGGCAGUGCUUGAAUGAAGAAAGGUUUCUGGUGUAUCCUGCAAAUGAGUCCUAAUGAACCUACUAAGUACUUAUAAAUAAAGGAACGUAAAUGUAUUUCUAACCAAAACAGAUGACCCUUUCACAUGAGCCUAAUUUAAACUCCAGGAGUGAAGAGUAACCAAGUGCUUAGAACAGAUUUUUAGUAAUUGAUUUUGAAAUCAUAAAGUUCUAAGAAUUAUUACUCCCCAGAUUUGUAAAUUGUCGAAAUUGUUUAAAAAAACAAACAAUGAAAAUGUUUAAGCAAUAGAUUUUUCUUUUGUAAAAAUGCUAUGCAGGCAAGGCAUUAUAAAAAGUGCUUUAAGAACCAACAGAAUAUUUAAAUUUGCCACCAUGGUCAAAUCUGUACCUAGUAGAAAUGAUGUGUAAAGUUUACCAAGAAAAGAACCCUCACAGCGUAGCAGACUCUCUGCUCUGGACAUUCGAGGUCAGAAUUGAAGAUGGAAGUAACGUCAUUGUAAGGCACUAGAGGCAGAUCAGAAAAAGCAUACACUGUGAAGAGGGAAAGGAGAGAAUAGAAAUAAAGUCAAUAUUAUGCAGAUUUAUGCCUUAUUUUUUAGCAUUUUUUUAAAUGUUGGGUCUUUCAGGCUGAUUUUACUUUUUAUUAGAUCUGUAUAGAUUGGUUAGAUAACUAGUGAUUUAGUUUUGUAAGUAAGCUACAAUUAAUCUUUUUUCUUUGGUGAUAUUUAUUUCUUUGGUUGUUCUUUUUUUUUCCACUUUAAACUUUUAGGUGUUUUGUUGAAUCUACUUAGAGCUUCGUCACCAUGGCAAUAUGUAUUUCCCUUAACACAUUAUAAACAAAUAUACUAGGAGUGCACCCUUUAAUAGUUAUUGUGAGAUUGCUGUGUAAGUUAAUAAACACAUUUGUAAAUACAUUAUUUGCAGGGGAAACAAAUUCUGAGUUAUGGCUCAGAAAAAAGCCUGCUGAAUUUAUGUUGUAAGCAUUACUUAACACAGUAUAAAGCUGAAAAGGCAACAAAAAUAACUUCAUACUUCCUCAUCUCCUUAUUGCAACAAAUCCUUAACUGGGAAAACCUUACUCCCUUCUCCUUCCUCCUCCACUUCUCACUUAUUGUCACCUUGUAAUAUUCAGAGAGCACUUGGUUUUAUGGAUCUGAAUAGAGACAUGUUUUCGGAUAAUCAUUAGCCCACAUACCCUGUAACUUAUACUCAAGGGAUGGAGUUGUAAAGUGCUUUUAUAAUACAAUAUUAUUGUUAAAAGCAAGGAGUAACUUUUGUUUUAUUUUGACAUGGCAUGUCCUAAAAUAAAUAUCAAUUCAAUAUGG